ACAAAAACAUAACCUAAAAUUUUCAAAGCUUGAUGACAAGCGGUUUUAUAAAAGUAUAUUUUCAAAAUAAUCUAGAAAAUCUUUCUGAAAAUUUCUGUUGAAACACCGUAUUUAGUGCACAAUGGCCUCCGGCCUUUUCGGCUGGGAAUUACUAUAUGGCAGCGUACAGAACGAUGUUAAAACAAACCAAGACAUUAUUAUUUGCCUCACGCAUUUAGUUUUGGUGUCUAAUGGAUUUAAAUGUAUUGGAUUGGGAGAGAGUAAAAAUAUAGAUGGAUCUGAGGCAAAAAGUGAAACUUUACCGAAAGGAUGGAAUCAGGAUUAUGCUAUACGAUAUGUAUAUCAAGGAAGGCUGUACAAUUUAAAAGGAACCAGUUUAGAUGAUGGUAUUAUUAUUAAUUUAGUACGAGUUGAUGAACGUACUGUUGGAUCUAUACAAUUAAAUACUCGUCAAGUUGUCGCAAAAUCUGGAUCACUUGAUGAAAUGAUACCCGAUAAUAACAAUAUUGUCAAUCAAAUUAAAAAAGAACUUAUUGAUGCUGUGAUAGUCUCGAAGAAAACUCAAGACAAUUCAAGUCAAACUCAGUCUAAUCCUACAAGAACAAGGGAUGAAGAUCGAGAAUCACCUGAUUACCUUAGAGAUUUUCCAAUUCCUUAUAGAUAUGGUUCUCAACCUGCAGUCCCCUAUGGUCGGUCUGACUUGGAUCCUUUUGGUGUGGCACCUUUACCACGAAUAGCGAUACCGCCCGCGGGAGGUGGAAUGCUAUUUAAUCCUCCACGGCCUUCUCUUCCAGGCAAUUUCGGGAUUGCUCCGGGAUCUUUGCCACCUGGCGCUCGCUUUGAUCCAUUUAGACCACCACAAGGUUUACCGAAUCCUAGAGGACCCCAUAGGCCAGAUAAUGACGAAUUUCCCCCACCUGGUUAUGAUGAUAUGUUUAUGUAAAUAUAUAUGUAAGUUUUAAAGGAAAAAUUGCAUAAUAAAGAUCUUAUUUUUUUGUUUUGAACUACUAACUGGGUUAAUUUAAGUAGAUGCUAUUUAUAAUUUGCAUAAUUUCAUAUAAUAAAAUAGUCUAAAAUGUA